GACUGAUGGAUGUGGCAACUGGAGAAGACAGUGAUGAUGAGGAUUGCGACACUGCAGUCAAGUUUGGAGAUCUUGGGGUCUUUGACAACAGAGCUCUAGACAUUGUAUGAAAGCAUCAAAAGCUUUCUCAAUUAAGUUUAGAGUCCAAGAAGAGGAAAAUUGGAUGAAAACUACAAGCACCACAUUAACCCCUCAGCAGAUUAAUGAAAUUAGGGCUUUGCUUUUUGACAGUGAACCUCAAGACGAAAUCCUUAGAAUUGGUGAUGUGAUGGUUGAUGCUGAAGACCUUUCAACCUUAGCUGCUGAGAGGUACAUUAGUGGCUUUUUGAUUGAUGCUGCAUGUUUGAGGUACAGUGAGGAAACCAUGCGAAAAAAUUCCCAUUCCUUGUAUUUACUGUCAUUUACACAAACCUGGGCUUUAACCAGAAAUGUGCAAUUUCUACAAACAAAGUUGAAGCCCUACCUUUCAAGAAUGGAUCUUGGUGAUGUUGUAUGGACCCUUACUCCAAUCCACGUAAAUGGCAACCACUGGGGUCUCCUGUGCCUAAAUAUAACACAGCACCAAGCAUUCUAUGAUGAUGGCUUAAAACAGAGUCCUCCUACCAACAUCAUUGAAUUGGCUGACAAUCUGCUGAAGGCUGUAUCAGAAACCCAAUGGAAUAUCACCUUUCCAAUUCAGCGGUUUGGAAUGCCCAAACAGCCAUUAUUUGGGGAAGGUUGAGCUAGUUGUGGCAUUUGUGUGACCUUGGCAGUUUGAUUUCAUAGACAACCCUGCAGACAAUGGAAUUCCUCACUUGUACUUUCAUUGGAGUUUUCAUGAUAUGGGGAGUCAUCGCCAGAGACUUCUUUAUCGUUUUACACAGUGGAAAUAAGUAAUCCGUAUAAAUAUCAC